UAUUCUUCGCAAACGCCAAUUCCCGUCUCGCGUCGUAUGCAAUCGGUCGUACAGCUGUUCCUUUGUGGUGUCGUAAGUUGUGAUUUGUGAUUACAAUGCCUUUUAUAUCAAAGGACUGGCGUUCCCCCGGCGAGGUGUGGGUUAAGACUCAGGAAGGCUGGGAAAAGAAGAAAGUCCUCGAGUGCACGGCCCAGAGAUAUGCAGCUAUCUCUAACUAUAGUAACAAAGAUAAUCAGCAAAAUUGGAACAGUGAAGAUGGAGAGAAUAAAACUGAUGAGGUGGCCCGUGUUCCACCGCACUGUCACAUAACGAUAAAAUGUACUAGAGAGAUCGCUGGUUUCAACGGUCUGUCAGAGGCUGUGCGUAGAUUAGACUUCUCGUCGGCCGUGCGUGACGUCAGGCGAUUCAACUAUAUCUGCGCACUCCUGGAACUGCUGCUGGGUGGCCAGAAGUUGACCAAUUUGCCAGGAGCAGCCCAGAAAUUGUUACUGUCGAUGCUAGAACAGCUCGCUGUCCAAGUGGCGCGGUCGAAGCAGAACCUUAACGCGCUGCGAGCGCUCCUGACGGCGCUGGCAGCGCUAAGGGAGGCUGAGCGGAGAGCUUGUUGGGGCAGACCGCUGGGUUCCCGCGCGCUGUGGGGUCACCACAGACACGCCAUCGACCGUAUCUACCACAUCGCUGACGGCAUUGCCAUACAAGAGCCGGGACCAGAAGUAGUUCCUAAGCUUCACGAUUUGCCGGAGGAGUGCAUCCGGGAGAUAUUGUUGAGAAUAUCUGAUCACAGGGACUUAGAGGCUGCAUCAUCAGCGUGGCCAGUGAUGGCCUCGCUCUGUUCCGAACAGCAGUUAUGGCGGGAGCUCGUCAACUUCCACUUCACCCAACAACAGAUCGACUCGCUCAAUAAGGACGAAAAGAAUAUCGACUGGAACAAAGUCUUUCAUCAGCUCCGAAAGUUGUAUGGACUGAGAGAAGACGCCCAGUACGCAGAGACAUUGUCUCUAUGCAGACACUGCAAGUGUCUGUUUUGGCGGUCCUUGGGACAUCCUUGUAUUGCCGACCAGUGCCCUGAAUACCGCGAACGUGUCCGCGAGGCCGGCGGACCUCUCCCCCCACACCCGGUGCCUCCAGCGGCAUUCCUCAAGUUUUUCUCUCUAUAAUUAAAUUUAAAAAAAAAUCAUCUUAAUCCUGAACGGUCAGAUCAGGACAUUUCUGAACGCAACGCUGACUGACGCAACCGUUAUAAAUUGUUUGAGAAAUGACAAUUUUAUUUUUCAAAACUUCUUAUCUUAAGUUUUUGAUAAAAUUAUAAGUACAGUUCACAUAAUGUUGAUGCUAUUUAUAACUUCUGCUGCCAUUUUCGGUAGAUGACAUACAUUAAUCAGUUUUCUGAUUUUGUAUUCUUUCUACUUAACAUUUCUAACUUAGCAGCUUAUUUUAGCUUUAAUUGUUUAAGUGGAAACUUUUUUAGAAGAAGAAAUCAUAUAUGAAUAGUUGAUCUCAUUUAAAAACCUAAAAAAAAGGAUAAAAAAUAAUAAAAUAGAGUAACCGAACUCCAUUUUAAAAAAUAUUUUUACAAACUGCUUAAUAUGAAUUUAGUCAAAAGUACCGCAUCAGUAUUUUAAAAUUAUGGAAAAUCUACAUAAUAGUGUUGGUAACUAAUAUAAAUGUUCAUUGUCAUCUUUGUUAAUGUUUUAACUGCAAAAUGCCCUCCUUUAUAUUUAACUUGAAGGACGGUCACUUAAACAACACCCAUAUCACAAGCAAGUUUAAAAAAAAAACAAUAUUUUUCAAAAUUAUAUGAAUUAGCAUAAAAUACAAAUUGUAUAUAAAAUACAUUCAAAUUGGAUAUAUGUUGUUAUAAUGUAUUAAAAUCUAACAAAGUGUAUAUAUCCCAUUAUUUAAGAAAAAGUAUGUUACUCUUCUUGUUACAACUGUGCUUUUUUAUUUAUUUCUUGUAGCGGCUUGUAUCUGCUGUCACUAUUAUGCUAGAUUAAGGAGUACUGACAAUGUUUGACCUAUUUUAUCGUAUUAAUAAUAUAUUAAUUACAAUUUUAUUUUCGGUCGGGAAAUGGGCAAUAUAUAUGAUUGAUUUUGAUUAAGACUUAUAAAUUAUAUGUGUGAAAAAAAUUAUUGUCCUUAUUAGCCACUUAGUUAUUAAAUGGUACUAAGUUAUGUCGAACUAAAACAUCUUUCGUCCACUAUACUAUUGCUUCACUCGAGUCUGGAAUGUUCUAUGAAGAACAUAUAUUUCUAUACUGUCGUAAAAUACAAUAUAAUAUUUUUGUAUAAUGUAAAACGUAAGCUGCCUGUUCAAAUCGGCCCUAAACCUAAGAUAAGCCACAUCUAGUGUAAGUUAUUAGUAUACAUACAUUGUUAUUGACUUCCAAAUUUAUUCGAGUAGAUGUUAUGUGAUACUUAAUUGUAACGUUAAUGUUACUACUUUGCACUCCUGAUAUGUUAUCGAAAACUGAACCUAUCUGCUGCUAUUUUAGCUUUUAAGAAUUAUUAAAACUCAAAUUGAAAUUAAAAAACAAAGGAUAUAGAUAACAAUGUUUUGAGUUUUGAUUUCGAUAGAUUCAAUAAGUUAUUUUUUGUCUGUGGAAAUGACAUAUUAUAAUACUUGUGUUGUUUCUCUUAUAUUCAUAAAAAUGCUUAUUCUAACAUAAUUACUUUCUCUGAUGAGAGACUAUAGUGUCCUUAAAUGUGUGACUUAGUAACCGGUUUGUAGAUUGUAAGAUUUUUUUUUUAUUUAGUAAUUUUUAUUUAUUCUGUGAUGUGCUAAGGAUAUUUUCUUUGAAUUCAAUGAUUCUUCAAAAUAAAAUUAUUUUAGUGAA